ACUUGUUAAUGGCGUUUUCUUCUCUAGUCACUACUACUUUGUUAUCUUUGUUUUCUUCUUCUUCAUUGCUUCUGUCUCUAGCCACUUCCUACUGCUUCCAGCUUCAAUAUCUAUGAUGGAGUCAAUGGAGUCAUAUGUCCCACCAGGAUUCCGUUUCCAUCCGACGGAUGAGGAGCUUGUUGGGUAUUAUCUUAGAAAGAAGGUUGCAUCCCAGAAGAUCGAUCUUGAUGUUAUCAGAGAUAUCGAUCUCUACAGAAUAGAACCAUGGGAUCUCCAAGAGAGAUGCCGGAUCGGGUAUGAAGAGCAGAAUGAGUGGUACUUCUUCAGUCACAAGGAUAAAAAGUACCCUACGGGGACAAGGACUAACAGAGCUACCUUGGCUGGAUUCUGGAAGGCAACGGGACGUGAUAAGGCUGUCUAUGAUAAAUCAAAACUCAUUGGACUGAGGAAAACCCUUGUAUUCUACAAAGGAAGGGCCCCCAAUGGGCAGAAAACUGAUUGGAUAAUGCAUGAAUACCGGCUUGAAUCUGAUGAGAAUGGCCCUCCACAGGAAGAAGGAUGGGUUGUUUGUCGAGCAUUCAAGAAACGAACCAAUGGCCAAACCAAGAGCGUUGAAGGGUGGGACUCAAGCUACUUCUAUGAUGAACCAAGUGGGGUCAGCUCAGUGGUUGAUCCAAUUGAAUAUAUCUCAAGACAACCCCCGAGCUUGCUAGCUCAGAAUUUCAUGUGCAAGCAAGAGCUAGAAGGGGACAACUUGAGUUUCAUGCAGUCUGAUCAAUAUUUACAGCUUCCUCAGCUGGAGAGCCCAUCUCUGCCGAUAUUAAAGAGGCCAAGCUCAAUUUCCUUAACGUCAGAGAAUAACAAAGAAGAAGAGCACAACAAAGGGAACAUCAACUUUAAUAAGAAAGUGACUGAUUGGAGGGCAUUGGACAAGUUUGUUGCAUCACAACUAAGUCAAGAUCAAGACCGCUGUGAAGGUGAUUCAAGCUUCGAAGCAGAAAAAAACUCGGACAUGGCGUUGCUGUUAUUGCAAGAGUGGUAGAAGGGAGGGGAACAAGUGAAGGGAUUCUUUUGAUUGUGGCUGCUGAAGCCUUGAUGAUGGAAUAUGCGUAAUAUUUGACUAAUGAAGGGCGGGGGAUGAAGAGGUUUAUAUUGGCUCUGUAUUAUAAAUGUUUGAAGAUCCUAUAUUUUGAAAAAUUAUGGUGGUGAAUGAGUAAGAAAAAAACUGUCUUUCUCUCUUUCUCUCCCUCGAAA